AUGGGUAUCAAGGACAGAGUCAAGAGAGUAUCAAAGGUCUUCCACGACAAGGAAGCUAAGGAAAUCUCCAAGCAAGUUGAAGAACAACCAGAAACUAAGACUGAAGAAGAAACCACUACUCCAGUUGCUAAGGAAACCGAAGAAGUUGUUCCCGCAUCCACUGAAGCAGACGCUGAACCAACUGUUGAAGAAGCUCCUGUAGAAACCAUUGAACCUGAAGUUGUUGCACCAGUUGAACCAGUUGAACCAGUUGUUGAAGACGUUGCUCCUGUUGAUGCUGAACCAGUAACUGUCGCAGAACCUGUUACGGAAACUGCAGCUGAAGAAGAAGUUGCAGCACCUGUUGCUGAAACUGAAGCUACUGAAACUGAAGCUACUGAAGAAUCACCUAAGGAAGAAACUAAGCCUGCUGAUGAAAAGACUGUGGAACAAGCCACUAAGAAACAUGCAUUCUUCAAGAAGUUUGUGGAUAAGUUUAGAAAGUCACAAUCAGUCAAGAACUAG